UUUCACUGUCUUUCAGCUCCGAACAGCUGCAUGAACAGCUGCAUAUGGGCGCUUCAUGGGCGCGGCUUUCUGAUCCGGAGAGGGGCGGAGCAAGCACCGGCUGCGCGGGUUAGGACUGACUCUGAUUCGAGAGGGCGCGUUCAGUCCGUCCAGAUGCUGCUCAGUUCCACGGUUUGAGCGACGCCUGAGCAUGGCGUCUGACGACGUGCCAGACGAUGACCUGUUUGGGCCGAGCAAUUUGGAGUAUCAGCAAACCACAGCGUUCAGCACAAUCAAGCCCCCGACCUUCGACUCCCUCCCUGUGCCGUCCCCAAGCCUCGGCAAGCGCCCCUACGAGCAGCGCCACGGCCCGCCCCCCCGCCAAAAUUACAAAGCCCACAAUGGCCCCCGCAAUCUUGUUCCCCCCUCCAACUCCUACCUCGGAAGCACCUUCCCCAGCUACCUGGGAAACCUGACCCCCGGUCCAGGCGCCCCCCCCCACCAAUUCCCAGGACCCCAUCAUAUGGCCCCCGGCUUCCCUCCCCAUGCCCCCGUCUACAGCGGAUUCCUGCAAGGCCCUGGGGAGCCAUUCUCCGGCCCCGGCAGACCAGACGCUCCUGGUAUGCCGCCGUACGACCAACAUCCCCACAAGGCCCCCGGAGCAUUCCCACCGAUGCCGCCCGGGCCGCCCGCGUUCGCCCCUCCCUUCGUUCCCCCUCCGCUGCCUCCGGGGGCCCCACCGGCGGGCGCCCAACCUUUUCUCCAGCAGGGCCUUCCGAUGCCACCCCACUUGCAGCCUCCGGAGAAUGGCGCUGGGGAGGGCCCUGCGCAGCAAUUGCCGGAUCGGCCGCUGCCGGGGUUGGGGGAGGUGGCGGCGGAGAUGACGCUAGGGCCGCCCGGCCAUGCAGACCCGGAGCUAACUGGGGCAUGUCCAAAUUACGAAGCGCCGCAGGAGGUGGCGUGUUUGAGCCGGACGUGGAACGGGAGGGUCUACUUCGACGAGCGCUGUCUGCGCCGACUGAAAGCGCCCCCCAUCGGUGCCGACCUAAAUGAGGGCUACGACACGUUUGUUGAAAAGGUCCAGAAUGAGAACGGGUUCGGAGACUUGCUAGCUGCGGUGCGGUAUCGGAAGGUGCAUUUGGGGGACGUGCAAUUUGUGACAUACCGGAAUAAUCUGAAUAAGAUCCUGGGGACCGCUUAUGAUAGGAAUAAGUCCUGGGAGAUGGGCGUGCAUCGGAGGGGGGGAACUGUGUACCUGGACGUGCAUCAGGGGGAGGAGAGGGAGCAGACGGAGCGCGAGAAAAGGAUGACGUACUGGGGCUACUCGUUCGAGGCCCUCAUGACCGAGUCCAAGAUGCCUGAGGCCACCACCCCCAAGGGCUCCCACAACAGCGACUCCUUCGCAGAGACCCCCCCUGCGAAGUCGCCCGUCGACGCAAACGUCGAGUUCUGCGCCAUUCUCCGAACCAAGCUGGGGGCGCAUCGAAUCGUCAUGGGGGCGGAGAUCGAUUGCUAUGAUCGGGGGCCGGACGGGAAGAAGCGGUACGUGGAGCUGAAGACGAGCAAGGUGCUGGUGAAUGAGAACACGGUGCGCACGUUCGAGCGGCACAAGCUGCUCUCGUUCUGGAUCCAGUCCUUCCUCGCCAGCGUCCCCAAGAUCCUGGUCGGUUUCCGGGACGAUACCGGGCGACUCCUGAAGACGGAGUCUUUGUCGCUAGGGGACAUUCGCAACCGGGUUCGGAGUAAAGAAUACUGGACGGGGACUACGUGCCUCAUCUUCGCCGAUAGAGUCCUAACCUGGCUCUAUGGAAACGUGAUCGACGGCUGUGAUUAUGUGCUUAGCUUUAACCACCGAGACGGCCAGCUAGUCCUCAAGCGGACGGACGGCUGCCCUCUUGUUAUCACCGAACAUGUGAAGGCGCUAAGGCAACGAACUUGACAAACGGCUCGUGGUGCAGCUACAACAAUGUCAGAGAUGUGUGUUCGGCGUUUUGUUGUAUUCAUUCGUGUCACUAAGUUGCU